UUAUCUAAUAAGAUACUUUUCCAGGUCCUGAAGUCAUUCCGGGUUUGGAUUUGUAGUUUCCAGGCCCUCGACUGACUGGGCCGCCCUCUAUACGUCGAGUUGGAUAUCCAAUUUCCUACCACCAGCUCCAGAGAGGCCUUCCUCGUCUGGUUCCUCAAGCAGCUUCCUUUUCGAGACUCAUCCAUCACAGCAGGAAUAGGACUUUUAGCCACCCGCACUCUCCAGCAGGUCUUUAUCCCGGCAGACUGGGCUCAUCCUAGAGGGUACUUCUUCAUAAACCUUCCUUCCUACCCAUAUCUUAUCAAGGCCCUCAUUGUCGCCUUUAUCGGGGUCAUCAAUCCGGUUAUGUAUCGCUGUUGUAUCUACAGCUAUCUCUCAACAACCACCCGCUUCAACAAACACAUUCUGACCCCUUUCCAUGCCUACAUUUCGGCCCCGGGAUAUAUGAAUGGGGUGUGUGCUAAUUGCCUUUGGCAUAACCGGACCGAUUGCGACUGGAAAUGCCUCCAUGGGUACAUGGCUUCAGGUCGUCAGAAAGGUCCUCGGAAAUUUCCUCUUGGUAGUCGAGCCACAAACCCGAAUAUGUCGACCUCUUAUACUUCUGACGUCUUCAAUUCUUGUUCUUGCCCUCGGAUUAUUGGCGAAUAUCCCUCUGAGGCUGGCGGUGCGUCUGACCUUGAGAUUUGUCGUCGGGCUUCCCAGGUCUCUGCUCAGGCUUUUCGCAAUGGGUACCGGGCUCUUUAGUUAGUCUUAAUGGGUUUCUUUCCCUGUUAAAGGAAAAGAAAAAAAAAAUAGUCUUUUUUUCCGUUCUUGUAAAAUAGGUAGUCAAUAGCAAAUGCCUAGGGAAUGACAUUACCACUUGGUUGGCACCACCCUUAUCUCUUCUAGAUAGAUUUCCUCUAUACUGUUCCUCUUUGUCGUGAGAUGUUGUUCAUAGCAGCCGGACUCCUUCUGGGUAGUUAUUUUGUUAGAUCUUGGCUGUCUAGACUCUUCGCGUCCAAGUCUCUCCAGUGACCCUGUAUCUUGCCUCCCCUAUCCGCCUCCCUAUAUAGCAAUACUACUAUCCCCAGCCAAAGCUG